AUGGAUUCAAAACAGAAUAACAAUAUAUCGGAAGUUAAGAAACAAUUGUCAAUUCGGAGGUAUUUCUGUCCACAAGAGAACUGUUUCCGACAUUUUUCGUGUUCGAGUUCUUUGGAUUAUCACCGAAAGAAUGGCACUCAUGAGUGUAGAGACAAGACAUACAUCUGUGGUAUUAAUGCAUGUGAUUAUAAGACUUCAUCUAAACAUGAGUUACAGAAACACAUAUCGAGUGAACACAAGAAUCGUUUUGUCUGUGAUUUCUUGGGAUGUGAUAAGAAGUAUGAUUAUAACGGAGAGUUGAAACGACAUAAACAACGUUCGGGACAUACCUAUAGGUGUGAUGUCGAGGAAUGUGAAGAAGUGUUUGUCAGUCAAAGAGAUUUAUCUAAACAUAAAUAUAAUAAACACAACUCCAUUAACCAAAAUGAAGACAUGAAUGAAAACUCAAUUGAAUUUCAGAGAAAAUGUGACAAUAAUUGUGAAACAAAUGCCAAAAGAAAAGUGAAAUCAAAUACAAGUGAAGCGAAAGACAACGAAACAGAAGAGUAUAAUAACGGGUCGAGUGAUGAAGAAAUGGACAGCAAUUCAGACACUGAUUACUCUGAGAGGAAGACUAAGAGAAAGAAAAUUAAUGUCAAAACUGACGGUCCAUUUGUCUGUGAUUUCAUUGGAUGUGGAAAACAAUUUCUGACAAGAAUUUCUGUGACUAAACACAAAAGCAUACAUUUGGGUCAUACCUAUCGGUGCGAAGACUGUGGAAUAGUAUGCAAAUCCAACUCUUCAUUAACUAAACACAAACGCAUACAUUUAGGUGAGACCUAUCGGUGCGAUGACUGCGGCAAAACAUAUCCAUCCAAACAGAGGCUAAGCGGACACAAGUCUGCAAAACACGGCACAGCCUAUCAGUGCUCUCAUCCGGGAUGUGAUUACAAGACUGGACAGCAAUCAGCCCUUAAUAAACAUCGAUUAAGUCAUGUAAACGACUAUCAAUUCAAGUGUUCAAUUAAUGGCUGCGAUAAAUGCUUUAAAAUCGAGCGAGCGUUAAAUGAUCACCAAAUGAGAGCACAUCCCAAAGAGUUUCCGGACAUACCAUGGAUUGAAUGCUCGCAUACGGGCUGUCAGUAUAGGAGUAAAUGUGAACCAGACAUAAAACAUCACAAUAAAGAGCACACAAAGCCCUGUAUAUGUGAAGUGUGCGGAAAAUCAAUCCCAUCAAAGAGUAUCGCCACUCACCGCCGGACUCACGACAAGUCGUUGCAAUUCAAGUGCGAAUGGCAUGAAUGUGAGCGAAGUUUUAGAACCAGGUGUGCAAUGAUUGCCCACAUGAACGAACACUCGACUGAGACCACAUACCGGUGCCAAUGGCCCGGUUGUGACAAAAUAUAUUUUAAUAAAUUUGUUUUAUAUAAUCACGAGAAGAGGCAUAAAGUAUUAGACCAUAAGUGUCAUUGGCCUGAAUGCGAGUACUCGACCACUAAUCCCAUUAGACUUCAUAAUCAUAUCGAUAGACAACACAAGGGUCUGCAGGACUACCGGUGCUCUCAUACGGGCUGUGAUUAUACGACCACUAAAUGCGGGGAAUUAGACACACAUAUGAAGACUCAUAAAAAUUAA